AUGGGGAACAAAGACGAGGCCCAGGUCUCCACGCGAACUCCGGCAAAGACCGUCCAGGAAAAAUAUGCCGACGUCACGCUACGACUUAUCGAAGAGCAUGACGAUGAAUUCGGACCGUUGACAGAAGAGAAGGAAAAGCGACUGCGACGAAAGCUGUACUGGAACAUCAUGUUCCUGCUAUCCGUCAUCAACAUAACUCUAUUCAUCGACAAAUCCACCCUCGGAUACGCCGCCAUCCUCGGCCUCUUCGAAGAAACCGGCAUCUCCAAAGCCCAAUACAACAACCUCAACAGCUUCUUCUACGUUGGCUACCUAAUCGGCCAAUGGCCCGGCCACUACCUCAUGCAACGCCUCCCCUUCGGCAAAUUCGUCUCCGGCGUCAUCUUCUCCUGGGGCGUGAUCAUCUUCCUCCACUGCGUCGCCACGAAAUACGGCGGGCUCGUCGUGCUCCGCCUGCUCCUCGGCGCCGUCGAAGCCGUGAUCGUCCCCGCCAUGGAAAUCACCCUGGGCAUGUUCUUCAACCGCGCCGAGCAAUCCUUCCUCCAACCCAUCCUAUGGAUCACCUGCAUCGGCGCCCCCAUCCCAGCCGGCUUCAUCUCCUACGGCCUCCUGCACUCCCACGUCUCCAUCCUCCCCUGGAAGCUCUUCAUGAUCGUCAUCGGCGGCCUCACCGUCCUCCUCUCCAUCUGGGUCUGGUUCGCAUACCCCAGCAACCCCGCCGAAGCUCGCUUCCUCUCUCUCGAAGAGAAAGUCCAGACAAUCCGGCGCGUACAUAUCUCGCAGCAGAGCUCCAUCGAGCAGAAGCAGUUCAAACGCGCCCAGUUCAUCGAGGCUCUCCGGGACCCCGUCUCGUGGCUAUUUGCGCUGCAGGCGUUCACCCUCAUGUACUGUAACAACUUGAACUACGGGCAGCAGAACCUCCUGACGACGUCGAUCGGGGUGUCGGAGCUGGGUUCGACGUUGGUGGCUGCGGCCGGGGGAGGGUUUGGUGUGGCGUUAUGUGUGGUGGCGACGGUUAUGCUGAAGUGGUUUUCGAGGAAUCUGGCGUUGCAUAGUGCGUUUUGGUGUGUGUUGGCGAUGGCAGGGGGUAUUGGGAUGGUGACGAUCAACUGGGAGAAGAAGCUAGCGCUGCUGGCUUGUAUGCUGAUCGCGGAGAAUACGUACGGGGUGACGUAUAUUAUCGCGCUGGGGUGGACGACGUCGUCGGCGGCGGGGUAUACGAAGAAACUGACGCGGAAUGGCAUGUUCAUGGUGGGGUAUAGUGUUGGGAAUCUGGUGUCGCCGCAGAUCUGGGUGGAGAGUGCGGGUCCGAGGUAUUAUGGCGCGUGGGUGAGUAUGAUUGUGGUGAGUUGGGUGGGGACGCCGGCGAUUUUGGGGGUCGUACAUUGGAUUCUGAGCAGGAGGAAUCGGGAGAGGGAGGAGUGGGCGGCGGAGUUGAGUGAGGAUGAGAGGGAGGGCUGCGUCGAGCAGCUGGAUGAGAGUGGGCAGGUGGUGAGGAGGAAGGUCGAUCUGGCCAUGUUGGAUUUGACGGAUUUGGAGAAUCGGUUGUUUGUGUAUCCGAUUUGA